CUUCCGCCAUCUUUCACAAAUACGAAAGACCGCGAAUGUAUUUUCUCUUGUAAAUGAAUUAAAUAAUUCUAUAAAUUGUUUAUUUUGGAACUAAUAUUCCGAUAACACAUAGUGACAGAAAAAUGACAUCGGCGUUAGAAUCCAUGGUAGUUGACGAAAAGCAGCUUCCUGAAAAGCCGGUAGACAGAGAAAAGACAUGUCCACUUCUACUUCGAGUGUUCUGUAACACUGGACGUCAUCACAAUAUUGUGGAGUACAGUAGAGGGAAUGUUCCUGCGAAUGAACUACAAAUAUAUACAUGGAUGGAUGCUACUUUACGAGAAAUUACAGGAUUAGUUAAAGAAGUAAAUCCAGAUGCUCGGAGCAAGGGAACAUAUUUUGACUUUUCAUUAGUGACUCCCGAACUACGUAAUUCUGGCUAUCGUAUGCGUGAGAUUGGUGUCACAUGUUCUGGUCAGAAAGGUGCUGACGACAACAAAACACUUGCACAAGCAAGAUUUACAAUAGGAGAUUACUUGGACAUAUCAAUAACACCACCAAACAGGAUGAUGCAAACAGCAUCAAGACGUGGUGGACGUCAAUAUUAGAGUAUAAUAAUUUCAAAAGUUAAGAUAUAUAUAUAUAUAUAAAUAAAUAAAUUAUAAGACUACAUUUUUACUUAAAAAAAUAGAUGAUGUAAAAUACAUAUGUAAUUAACCACAACCUUCCAAAACUUUUAUUGAAAUAGUAUUUUGUAUUAGAAUUUAAAUGAUCACUCAAUUUUUUCCUUAAAUCCAUCGCAUUAUAUACUAGUUCCUGUUCUUGUGGAUAUUUUGUGUAUACACAUAAAUGUAACAUUUGAAAAUAU